UCUCUGAAGUGUCAUUUACCAUGUUUUCUGUUCUACCUGGUUGCUGAGGUAAAACCAGGAAAAAAAGGCUUAGAAAAAUCAGAAUUUGUAACCAUAUAUGCUUUUGGUCAUCGACGGUUAUUUUCAUUCAGAUUUUGAUCUCAUUUGGCUGGUUUCAUUAUCUAUUCAUUUGGAUUCUGGCAAAUUGCGCCUUUGACCAAGUAGCAAGGACCCCAGUUUUCAACUUCAAGGUGUAGAUUGUCUAAUAUUACUUUCUAUAUGUGAGAGAAUCUUUGGAGUCAGGAUUGUUUACUCAGCUGACUAUAGUUGGAAUCUGAGAGUUUGGUAUGAGAUCUAAAGUGAGGAAGUAAGGAACUUGACAUGAUUUUUACCUGAUGUCUUCAUUCUGGAACUGAGCAAAUGGGCUGUUGUGUCUCAACAAGCAGUCAGAGUACUUGUAGUAGCAGGAGCAAUGGAGACACGAUCGCUCCAACCUGUCUAGAGAUUGGAUUCUGUGGUCAAAAGAGUGCAAGGAGAACAUCCUCUGAUCAUGUUGUGUCUCUGCAUCAAUUCCCCUCAUUACCAAACAGAAUUUUCACCAAUGGAAAGAGCAGGUCUUCUUGCAUAUUUACGCAGCAGGGUCGGAAGGGUAUUAAUCAGGACGCCAUGAUUGUGUGGGAAGAUUUCAUGCCCGAAGAUGUAACCUUUUGUGGUGUCUUUGAUGGUCAUGGUCCACACGGUCACCUUGUCGCAUGCAAAGUCAGGGAAGCCUUGCCGCUGAAACUUCUUUCAUUUUUGCAUUCCUCCGAAUCAGGGCAAAAUGGUUCAGGUAAAGCUUGUUUUAGGGGCAACAUAAAGCCUGAAAGUGGAGAAUCUGAGAAAGAUUUGUCUGCUGAAGAUAACGAAAAUUCUAUGUGGAGAGAAGCUUUCAUGAAGGCAUACAAGGCUAUGGAUAAAGAGUUGAGGUCUCAUCCAAAUUUGGACUGCUUCUGUAGUGGAAGCACAGCUGUCACUAUAGUGAAGCAGGGUUCCAAUUUGUUCAUGGGAAAUAUUGGGGAUUCCCGAGCAAUCAUGGGAUCAAAGGACAGCAACCACUCCAUGGUGGCAAUUCAGUUGACCAUUGAUUUGAAACCUGAUUUGCCAAGGGAAGCAGAAAGAAUCAAACGGUGCAAGGGUAGGGUAUUUGCGUUAGAAGAUGAGCCAGAAGUUCAUAGGGUAUGGUUGCCUUUUGAUGAUGCACCAGGAUUAGCAAUGGCUAGAGCAUUUGGAGAUUUUUGCUUGAAGGAAUAUGGUGUGAUUUCUAUACCUGAAUUUUCUCAUCGGCUGCUAACAGACAAAGAUCAAUUCAUUGUUCUUGCCUCAGAUGGGGUCUGGGAUGUUUUGAGCAAUGAAGAGGUGGUUGGGAUAGUAUCUUCAGCGCCAACUCGAUCAUCAGCAGCGAGGAUUCUGGUGGAUUCCGCGGCCCUAGAGUGGAAACUCAAAUAUCCUACUUCAAAAAUGGAUGACUGUGCAGUUGUGUGCCUAUUUUUGGAUGGAAAAAUGGACUCAGAAUCUGAUUGUGAUGAGCCAUGCUUCUCUUCUGCAACCAUCCAGAGCAACCAUUCAGAAAAUCCGGUUGAGUCAGAUGACGGUCAAAAGCCUGAGCCAUCUUUGCGAAGGAACUUUACUGUGAGAUCCUCAGAAGAAAAUGAAACCUGUGGAGGAGGAGUUGGAGGGGUAUUUGUUGAUGUUGACGAUGGAACAUCCGCAGCCGAAGAUCAAAACUGGUCAGGUCUGGAGGGUGUCACGCGAGUAAACUCACUGGUUCAACUUCCUAGAUUUUCUGAGGAAAGGCCAAACUCUUGAGUUUUGUUGGUUCAGUGAGAUUGUAAUACCUGUUGCUACUCAACAGUGAUUCAACAAAGAAAAUCUUCCUAUGGUUUUAAUUAAGGUCACCAAAAAAUGGAUUCAGCUUCCAGUGUUGCUAAAUAUCAAACAUGAAGGCCACAACCCACAACAAAAGCCAGCAAGUCUGGGUUGAAAGUGGCAUUCCUGAUUUGCACACUAAUGAAGUCCAUCUAUGAAAUUUGAAGACAACGUUUAGUGCUAAGAAUUAAGUAUUGGGAAUUAACUAUUGAGGCAAGCUUGGUUAUAUAUGUUGAGAGGUCCAUUAACUGAACCAUGACCCAAUACUAACCAACAAGCGAAAAUAAAUACUUCUUGUUACUACUUAUUAAA